UUGUACAUAUUUUUAUAUUGUAACAUGAUCACGGCAUUUUUUCAUCUGACUGUCCUACUGAUCAAAUGUCAAAAGUCAAAACAAUAAUACAUACAAAAGAUUCAAAAUGUGUAGGUAUUAAUCUCAAUAAACUGGUAUGAAAAUGAUGAAAACAGGCCUAACAUCACAUAGACCUUUGUCAGGUCAAUUGUAUAAAUACACAAAUGUAGUGAAGGGAUGGCAGCAAAGAUGGUUUGCUGUUGAUCCUGAGACUGGUGUUCUAUCUUAUUAUCUUUAUGAUGGACCAGGAGACACAAUACAGCCUGGACAGCCGGCCAGGGGGGAGGCUCAUUUAGCCGCAGCAGUGAUAUGCCCAAGCGAUGAAGACUCCAGGACCUUCACCAUAAACUGCGCGUCCGGCGACAUGUUGAAGCUGAGAGCUACCGACGCCCGCGCGCGCCAGGAGUGGGUCGACGGGCUCAGGGCCAUUGCUGAGAUACAUACCAAGGCGAUGGGGGCCAACCCGCCCCUGCAGCCGAGAGAGCAGCUCGCGGUCCACGACGCCAUGGCGUCGGCCAGGCAGCAGCUACAAGCGACCGAACUCAGUGACGCAGCCCUCGCGCGCUGCAUAGAGUCUUCAGAUUCUCCCUUCCCUCACACGGAUCCUGAUUUGUUACUUUUGAAGGCGACGUCUGCGGCCAGCAUGCAGUGUCUGCUGCAGUGCCUGGGCGUGCUGCACCGCCAGCAGCAGUACGCCACGCUCACCGUCUCCUCCAAGCAUUCCGACAACGAACAUUAGGACCUAACUCAAGUGUUUAUUGUAUUCUUUGAUGUGUUCAAAUUCAUUCAUUAAGACCAGGUUGCCGGAACGAGUCAAUGCGACAUACGAUUUUAUUUUUAUUUAUUUACUUAUAACUUAUUUACUUAUAACUAUGUUAGUUUGAAUAGAAUUAUAAAAUAGAAUACCAAUUUAUUUCCCUCUUCACUCCCAAUUCCAAUGAUCUGUAUGUUUUUACUUAAGAGAAAAUAUGAACAUAUCACACCUUUAGAAUUAAAGAGGCCUGUUUCAAAAAAUUUGGGUUUCGGCUUUAAUUCAAAAAUGGACCUAUAACAACCCUUUUUAGCGACUCUUAACAAAUGACCAAAAGUAGCUUAAAAAGGGACAAACUUAUCCAUCGGUCUCUUUCACCCCGUCCCCUUCCUCUUACAUCUUUUUCGAGAAAACUUUAUUCGAUGUUUUCCAAAAAACAAUUUUAAGAGUUGGGUUUCUAUAAUUCGAAAGGUGCGAUGUCCGGCAGUCUAGUGCUGAUGAUGCGUCGCUCAUUGAUUACAAUAGUGACACUAUGUAUGCGGCCAUGUUCGAACCCCCACGGGUCUCGUGUAAACAUUUUUGUAUGAAAAGCGAACUGUCACCAAUAAACUGUUCCUUCCUAUUCGAUCCCAAGAUAAGAUUUUUAUUUCUUCACUAA